UCAGGAUUGCGCGCUGGUGGAUAAAACGAUAUUUGCCUUCAUUUCGCCGUCGUAAAUUUUGGUUACAGUUGGCGCCCGUAAUGCCCAGACAAAUCUGAAUUUUGUCACGUAGUUGCUUGCCACAAUGUCCGACGACUACUAUGAAAUAUUAGGGGUUCCAAGAACGGCGACAGAGGACGACAUAAGGAAAGGUUAUCGAAGGCAAGCGUUGCGAUGGCACCCGGACAAGAAUCCCGACAACAAAGAAGCGGCCGAGGAAAGAUUCAAGCUCGUUUCUGAGGCAUAUGAGGUUCUGUCCAACAAGGAUAAACGUGAAAUAUAUGAUAGAUAUGGCAAAGAAGGUCUUUCGGCUUGUCCGAGAAGGGAAGAUGGAGAAUUCGCAGCGAACUUCGAAACGUUUUCUUCGCAUGUCUUCCGCAGCCCGGAAGAAGUUUUCAGGGAAUUCUUUGGCACCACUUCUUUUGAUGAUAUUUUCAACAUCGCUUUCCAAACCUUUGCCAGCUUUCACGAUUUUACUAACACAGAAAACACAUCGAGAAGGCCUAACGGAAGACGAAAUACGGAUUUCUUCCAAGUGGAUUCUUUUAACGAGGACCCAUUCUCCGACCCUUUCACUUUCGAUAACAGAUUUACCGAGGAUUUUUACGACGAUCGAAACGCUUCUGUCCCAAGGCACAGAAGACACCGACAUCGCCGACAAGACCGUAACUCUGAGAUGCCACCUCAGAACAACGUUUACGAUCCUUUUGCCAGCUUUGGCGACUUUGAAAGGAUCUUCGAGCAGAUGGCGGACAUGGAGAGGCACAUGAUGGCUUCCAUGCAGCGCGUCUUUGGCAGGCUGUAAUAACAAUUUACACUGUGGUGAUAAAUAAAGAAGGUCGAACAAAGAUGCACAUAAAACUUGUAAACGAAGAUCUUUUUCUGAGUCGUAGAAAUUAGCAAAGUGUUAAUUUUUAGAACGUUUAAUAUUUUAAUUUCUGGACAAAUUAAGUCAUAAAUUAUGGACGAGGUGCAUAAACCAUGUAAUGUGUUUUUGUUUGUUUUUAUUUUUACCAGGGAUUUCCCUGUUUCACGAUGUAGGAAAUUUUCAGUUGGCCCUGUUCAAUAAAAUAACAGUAAACUGAAACUGAAAUUUGACAAAAUUCCUUGCAUCACCUGAGGAGGAAAUAGCUGUGGUUGCCAGAAGUAUGACGGACAAAAUUUUUGACCAUGAAUUGGCUGAAAGCUCACGUUUUUAUAUAGACAGAAUAUUGGGAAUGAGUGGAUCCAGGAAAGAGAGUGGAGGUGGUGGGGUGGGGUAGGGGAGCAUUAGGUCCCCACCUAUUCAGCAUUGUUUAUAGGAUGGGCUGAUAGCUUAAUAUCCCUUGUAGAAAAUAUUCACAGAAAACUGCUCGCAUAAUAGCUGGCAAUUUAAAAAAAAAAAAAAAACCUACCAGGGCUAAAGGGGGUGCCAGGUCUUAGAGAAAGGACUAGGCAUAUUGUUUGCUUGGUAGUCGGUUUAAUGUUGUUGGAAAUAUUUUCUUCCAUUUCUUAGUUACUGAUGUAAUAGUUGACCUAAAUUCUAAUGGCUGGCAAAAUAUUGUUGAUGUUUAAAAUGAUUUUUAUGCGCAUGCAAACAAUGUAACCCCCACUUCAUAAUGGUAAGCCCAUCCAAGUUGCUCAUGGUUAAUACCUUGCAAAGAGGGUAAGUGGGAGAAAAAUAAUAAUAUAAACUAAAAUGUUGAUUUUAUAUACAAAAAACAUGUAUUAUUGUUAUUAUCAAAGUGUAAUGUAACUUACAUGUAUCAUAAUUUGAUGAAGAUUGAAAAUGGAGUUACUAGUAUAUAUUUACGACAACUUUCAACAAUAAAUUUUUGCAAAAGGUUUAUUAA